AUGACCUACGAUUGCGAGAGCGAUUCGGUAGUGACGCAAGAUCUUAGGACCUGGGUAGCCGGGCUGAGUGACGAGGGUGGAGCUGGAGCUUACAUUGCGGCUGUCGUCAAGCAAGCUGUGCAUCCCGAUGCGGACGAAGUUGCAAAACUCGACACGUUUGUGAACAAGGUGGUUUGGGGUAACAUCCAACAAGAAGAUUACGCCGUACGGAACUCCUUCUUCUUCUACGAGCCAGCUGAGGUGCCCGGGUUUGUGUACGAGAACUAUGACUGGAGCUCUUGGAUGUCUUGGAACAAAGGCCGGGCGCUUGCCACCGACAGAGGCUACAACUACGUCCAUCCCUCUGCAGCAUACUGGUCCCUCUAUAGAGUCGCAAGAGCCUACCCAGAGCUUGUCAGUCAGGACUGGAGCUGGUAUCUUGACAAGGCUUAUCGAACGGCUCUCCGCAUCUCGGGUGGUGGUGUUGCUUGGGUGGAGAUGGGACUUAUGGGCGAAACUGUUUGGGGUAUGAUCAUAACUGAUCUCGUGCGUGAAGGUUUCGAAAGCGAGGCCGCCACUCUUGCGGCACUUAUGAAAUCUCGCGCCGAACACUGGAAUUCCAUCGAUGCCCCUUUUGGGAGUGAGAUGGCAUGGGACUCUACUGGGCAGGAAGGCGUCUUCUAUUGGGCUAGGCACUUCGGCUUCACGGACUUGGCUAAACGAGCAGUUGAUACCGUACUUGGUUUCACGCCUAAUGUGCCGCACUGGGGCUGGAACGGCAAUUCGCAUCGAUACUGGGACUUUGAUCUCGCUGGGAAGCUACGACGACUUGAGCGCCAGAUUCACCACUACGGAUCCGCUCUGAACUCCCAAGUCCUACUCUCGGCUUUCCGCGACGAUCCCUCCGACACUUAUCUCCUGCGUACCGGUCACGGGGGAAGCUUUGCACCACUUUCGAACAUCAACGAGGCCGGUUGCCCGAGCGCUGGGUUUCAUUCGUUCCCCGAGACCUUGAAGUGGGAUGGCUUUACCGGCGACUACGGCCCGGGCUUUCUCGGCAUGGUCUUGAACACGGGAACAUACGUAGCUGAGGAUGAGCAAAUCGGCCUUGUGGCCUACGGCGGGGAAAUUUCGACCGAUGGUAAUAAGGUGACGGUUGUUCCGCGUGAUCCUGUCAGAAAGAGGGUAUUCACCGGUCCUCUGGCAGUCAUGAUCACUGUGGAUGUGGGCGUCAUUGAGCAAUUUUCUUAUGACGUCGAAGCCAGGAUCAUCUCCAUGACCUUGUCGCAGCUUGCGGGCGUCCCGAAGGCCAUGAAUGCAACUGUGUGGACGGAGUCAAUGCAAUCGCCUUGGGAAGUCACUGGUGAUCAGGUCGAGACGGCCCGCGGCGGAUGGAGAGUUCCUCUAGUCGAAGAUAAGGUUACCGUUACCUUGUCCUUAUAA